UGUAUUUGGGGGAUGGUGGGAAUCGAAGGCCCCCAGAGAAGUACCUGGGACUGCUGUGGCGGGGGGCAGCGGGGCUUGUGCGCGAGGCUGUGAGGCGGGUGGGGGGCAUGGCGGGGUCCGGGAGCGUGCAGGCGGGGAGCUGGUUGGGGCCCGCGUGGUGUGAGUCACGACCCCGCUCUCAUUGUACCGGGCCCGAGGCUCAGCUGAGCCGCUGCGCCGGGCGGGGACGGAGGAGGUGGAGCCGCGGGGCUGCGGUGCGGGUGCGGGGCUGCGGGUGCUGGCUGCGGGCUCGGGCGCCUGCGUCUGUCUGCCCAGCGCUGCCCGGCCCGCCCGGCUUGGCUCGCUCUCCGCCAGAGGUUGUCCGGGCGCUCGGAGGCCCCGAAACGGAGCGUGGAAGGGAGGGUGAUGGGGAGCGCCGGGCCCCCGCCGCCGGCUCCCGAGCCCCGAGACCUCCCCACUUAGAUACUAUACCUCAUCAGUGACAGAGACCGACAGGAACCCACCCCCUAGCCCAAACUGAUGGCUAACGGAUUGAUCCCACCUCCCGGGGGCACCUCUCCUCUACCCCAGGUCCGGGUGCCAUUGGAAGAGCUCCCCUUGAGCCCUGACAGAGAAGAGGAUGAUGACUUGGGAAAGACCUUGGCCGUGAGCAGGUUUGGGGACCUGAUCAGCAAACUCCCUGCCUGGGACCCUGAAAAACCAAGCCGAAGCUACAGCGAGAGAGACUUUGAGUUUCACCGUCACACAUCCCACCACACACACCACCCGCUGUCAGCUCGCCUGCCUCCCCCACACAAGUUUCGUCGGCUACCCACCACCUCUGCCCAUCGGGCCAGGAGAAAGAGGAAGAAGGAGAAAACCUCUGCUCCCCCUUCUGAAGGCACACCUCCUAUCCAGGAGGAGGGGGUAGUUGGGGGAGAGGAGGAGGAAGAAGAGGAGGAGGAGGAGGAGGAGGAAGAAGAAGGGGAGUCUGAGGCAGAGACAUUGGAUCAGGAACCCUUGCCUGCAGAGUCUCCAAGCAGAGUCAAGUUCUCCAUUGGAAGUGAUGAUGAUGACAGUGUGGGUGUCCCAGGGAAGAAUGUCCCCACAAAGUCCCUGUCUCAGCCUCUCCCGGGCCUGGCCCAUGACUCUGAACACUCCAGCAGUCCCCCGAUUCCUCGACCCCGGACCCCUCGAGGCAUGGAUGAGAAGGCCAGGCCAUGGAGCCCAUCAGCAAGUUAUGACCUCCGGGAGCGCCUGUGCCCUGGCAGUGCCUUGGAAAGCCCAGUCAGCCUGGAACAGCAGGUGCCCACCGAUGAGGCUGAGGCCCAGAUGCUUGGUUCUGCUGACCUGGAUGACAUGAAAAGUCAUCGACUGGAGGACAACCCUGGAGUGCGGAGGCAUCUGGUGAAGAAGCCUUCUCGGACCCAGGCUGGGAGGAGUAGCCCUGGAGGCUUGGCUCCUAUUUUGAGGAAGAAAAAGAAAAAGAAGAAACUGGACCGGAGGCCUCAUGAGGUGUUUGUGGAACUGAACGAGCUCAUGUUGGACAAGGCCCAGGAGCCUCAGUGGCGGGAAACAGCCCGCUGGAUCAAGUUUGAGGAAGAUGUGGAGGAGGAGACGGAGCGUUGGGGGAAGCCCCACGUGGCUUCGCUGUCUUUCCGUAGCCUUCUGGAGCUGAGGAAAACCAUUGCCCACGGGGCCACCCUCCUGGACCUAGAGCAGACCACCCUGCCUGGCAUUGCACACCUCGUGGUGGAGACGAUGAUCAUGUCAGACCAAAUCCGUCCAGAGGACCGAGCAAGUGUACUGCGCACACUUUUGCUAAAACACAGCCACCCUAACGAUGACAAAGAUGGAAGUUUUUUCCCCCGAAAUCCAUCAAGCUCCAGUGUGAACUCCAUGCUGGGGAACCAUCACUCAACUCCGGGCCAUGUUCCUGAUAGUGCUGUCCCCACUAUAGGGGAUGACCUCAGUGAACCAGCUCCGCUUUGGCCCCAUGAUCCUGACAGCAGAGAGGUUUGGGUCCCAGCCCCAAUCUCAGCUCUGUAUCCUCAGAAGCCCUUGCACAUGCCUGGGGGGGAUGGCCACCGAGGGAAAAGCCUGAAGCUGAUGGAGAAGAUCCCUGAGGAUGCCGAAGCCACUGUUGUGCUUGUGGGCUGUGUCCCUUUUUUGGAGCAGCCUGCUGCGGCUUUUGUUCGGUUGAAUGAGGCUGUGCUCCUGGAAUCUGUGCUUGAAGUUCCCGUGCCGGUCCGUUUCCUCUUUGUGAUGCUGGGGCCCAGAGAGACCAGGACUGAUUACCAUGAGUUGGGUCGCUCCAUCGCUACUCUCAUGUCUGACAAGCUGUUCCAUGAGGCUGCGUACCAGGCAGAUGACCGCCAGGAUCUGCUGUGUGCCAUCAGUGAGUUCUUGGAUGGCAGCAUUGUGAUCCCACCAUCUGAGGUGGAGGGUCGUGAUCUACUGCGGUCAGUGGCCGCCUUCCAGCGGGAGCUGCUCAGGAAGCGGAGGGAGCGGGAGCAGAACAAGGUCCAGCUGGCCCCCCGGAGUGAGACCACUGUUUCAGGAAAAGAUCUGUCCACAUCAGGGUCAGGAGUCUCUGAGGGGAGCCCAGAGGAUGACCCUCUUCAGCGGACAGGCAGCUUGUUUGGGGGACUUAUUCAAGAUGUGAAGCGUCGCUACCCACUCUAUGUCAGUGACCUGAUAGAUGCGCUGGACUCUCAGUGCUUGGCUGCUGUGCUUUUUAUCUACUUUGCAGCCCUGAGCCCGGCUAUCACCUUUGGAGGACUGCUGGGGGAGAAGACUGAAGGGCUGAUAGGGGUGUCAGAGAUGAUCGUCUCCACUUCUAUCAUCGGUGUCAUUUUCUCCCUGCUGGCUGCCCAGCCGCUGCUUGUGGUGGGCUUCUCAGGGCCAUUGCUCGUUUUUGAGGAAGCCUUCUUCAAGUUCUGCCAUGCUCAGGACCUGGAGUACCUCACAAGCCGGGUUUGGGUUGGCUUCUGGCUCAUCGUCUUUGUGGUUUCACUGGUGGCCAUCGAGGGCAGCUUUCUCGUCCGAUACAUCUCGCUCUUCACCCAGGAGAUCUUUGCCUUUCUCAUCUCCCUCAUCUUCAUCUAUGAGACUUUCUACAAGCUCUAUAAGGUGUUUACUGAACAUCCCUUACUGCCCUUUUACCCUUCGGACUCAGCAUUGGAAAGGCCAAUAGGAUCCGACCUAGACCUGAAUUCAAGUGCACUGCCUACCACAGAGGGCCCACCAGGGCCACGGAAGCAGCCCAAUACAGCACUGCUUUCCCUCAUCCUUAUGCUUGGGACCUUUCUUCUUGCCUUCUUCCUACGGAAAUUCAGGAACAGUCGCUUUCUGGGGGGAAAGGCACGCCGAAUUAUUGGGGACUUUGGGAUUCCAAUCUCCAUUCUGGUGAUGGUUUUGGUGGAUUAUUCUAUCAUUGACACCUAUACUCAGAGGCUGACUGUACCCACGGGGCUCUCCGUGACAUCCCCUGAUAAGCGCAGUUGGUUCAUUCCACCCCUGGGAAGCACUCGACCUUUCCCACCUUGGAUGAUGGUGGCAGCAUCUAUCCCAGCUCUCCUUGUCCUCAUUCUUAUCUUCAUGGAGACACAGAUCACUGCGCUCAUUGUCAGCCAGAAGGCUCGUCGGCUGGUCAAGGGUUCAGGCUUCCACCUAGACCUGUUGCUGAUUGGCUCUCUGGGGGGUCUCUGUGGGCUCUUUGGGAUGCCCUGGCUCACAGCUACCACUGUCCGAUCCGUCACCCAUGUUAAUGCACUGUCUGUUAUGCGCACGGCCAUUGCACCUGGAGAGAAGCCCCAGAUCAAGAAGGUCAGGGAGCAGCGGGUCACAGGAUUGCUCAUUUCCUGCCUUGUGGGCCUCUCCAUUGUGAUGGGGCCAAUGCUUCGUCGGAUCCCACUGGCAGUACUGUUUGGAAUUUUCCUGUACAUGGGGGUCACCUCUCUGAUUGGGAUACAGCUCUCACAGCGCCUUCUGCUCCUUCUGAUGCCUGCAAAACACCAUCCUGAUGAGCCCUAUGUGACCAAGGUAAAGACUUGGCGGAUGCAUCUCUUCACCUGUAUCCAGCUGGGUUGCAUUGCAGUGCUCUGGGUGGUCAAGUCCACAGCUGCCUCCCUCGCCUUCCCUUUUCUGCUGUUGCUCACGGUACCACUGAGGCGUUGCCUGCUGCCUCGAAUCUUUAAGGAGAGGGAACUGCAGGCGUUGGACUCCGUAGAAGCCGAACCCAACUUUGAUGAAGAUGGGCAGGAUGAAUAUAAUGAGCUCCACAUGCCGGUGUAAAAACUGGAGAAGAGGUCCCUCAGAGACCAUUGGGAUGAGGGGGAUACGUAGUAGUUCCCCCCAGCCUAGAGAUAGGCUCUGAGCAAGAACCCAAUCCCACAGCUGAUGAAGCAUCUUAUUACUCAGAGAUGUGCCUGGCACUAAUACCAACCCUCACAGCGGAGUGACCUUCCUGAUUUCCACCCAGGACUCUGGUCCUUCAUCUCCCAUGCCCCCAGUACAGAUCUUCAUCCCAAUUCAGCUUUGACCUCAUUACAAUCAGAGAACGUCUCA